AGCUUGUGUGUCCUGCAGAGAUGGAAGGAGAGAAGGAGAGACAAAUGCAGCAGCGAGAGGAGAAGGAGAGUAAUGAGGCAGAAGACGACAGGAGGAGUGAUGACGAUGCUGACAAUGAAGAGGAGGAGGACGAAGGUUCCGAUGGUGCGGCGCUGGUGUGGCAGGAAGGCUACGGCGAGGACAGCCUGGGCCUUCCCAUCAUGCACUGGGAGGCACUGAGCCUGCGCAUCGCUGAGCUGGAGAAGCAAGAAGAGGAGAAAAAAGAGAAGAAGGAAAAGAGUGGAGCUUCUCUGGAGCGAGGCAGAGCUCCGGUGAGCUGGACAGAGGAGAGAGGGAGGAGAGCAGAGAGCUGGGACGACGGAGACGACGCCUGCAACAGCCAUGUGCUGGCACUCACCUCCCGCCUGCAGACACAGAUGAACCUUCAGCUCUGCUUUAUCAACAACAGUGAAAGUGAAGAAGAGGAGGAGAAGAAGGAGGGAGAGGUCAGCAAGAAGGAAAUCAGCAACACACGAAGAGGGACUGUUCAGGUCCACAAGAACCCUCAGCCUCCUGCCAAGCCAGAGAAGUCCAAAUCCAGAGGCCUCAGGAACACUCUGAGGAACCUACGAGACCGACUGAGAACAGACCACAAAACGCUUCCUGCAGCAUGUAGUCCUCCUGUAGUCCAGAGAAGACAUUUGGAGCGCAGUGAUUUACAAAACUUCAGUAUUAAGGACCUAAAAGCUCUCUCCAUGUCUCUCAGCCAGGCCAUACAAGACCUGAGCUCAGAGCUGGUGGGUCGCCUCCAGGUCCGAGACCAGCUGAGGACAGAGCAGGAUGCCAUGCUGCUGGAGGUCCAGGAUCUGACAUCACUGUGAACCUGCCAGUCGCUCCCAGCUGAAGUCCACCUGUUGAGUCGAAUUUGAAAGAGCAUCACAAUGUGUGAACACAAACAUCUCAGUCAGUCCCUCCUGCCACUGGUCUGACCAGCCAAUCACUGUGAAGAAAGGACACAAAGUAUUUUUAACGUUGUUGUCUAGUUGCAUAUUUAUAAGAGAAGCUUUUGUCUCACUAAAGACAGUGUCCACCAGCAGUGGUUUGACCUCACAUGGGACAGGAGCAGCUUUGUCAGCAGGUAACUGAGCUGGACACAACAAUCAGUGGAUGGUGUCAUUUUUUUUAAAAUAUGCUCUUUUGCCUUCUCACUGAGUCAGAUUCAAGAAUCGGUACAAGUUUCAUCUCCACUGCAGAUAAAAGUCUGGAUCACGCCAAACCCGGCUGCCUGGAAGCAAGGCUUUCACACCGGGUCCAGACCAGAUUCUGAUCUUAUGUGAGGAAAAUCAGAAUGGUCAUUAAAUGUUUAUCCAGUGUUGAUGAAAGUUAGCUUCAUUUCUCUCCCUUACAGGUAACUUGUGGAGUGUUUGACCAUAAGCGUGAUAAAUACUCCUGCCCUCUACUCAUUGGCAGCUGGUGGCAGUAACGUGGCAAGAAUCCUAUUAUAAUAUUAUAUGAUAAAUGCCUGCUAUUCAAAGAUGUAAACUAGAAUUCUAGAAAAGUAGAAAAGAAAAGUAAAAAUAGUUGUUUUGUGCGAGCUCAUGAGCAAAAGUUUGCUCUGACAUUCUGUGGUGUGCUUUAUGUUAACCAACAUUCCACACUGACUGAACAUUAUGUUGGUGAUGACAGUUCAUCGGUUCGAAACACUUUGGUUUCUUCUGUAUUCAGCAUGUAGCCUUUAAGGAGCAGCAUCCAGCCUGUGAAGUGCUGCUGAUCUUUUAUCAACACUGGAGCGACACUCACGUUGUGUUCAGCGUCUUUUCUAUAAAAGGGAUUCUGUUGACAAGCUGCUAUACUGCCAACAGAACAGUCUUUGUUUCUCUGAUCUUUUUAUAGAAAUUACUUUUUUUUUUAUUCAUGCAUGUUUUUAUUUUAGUUCUGUAGAACAAAUGAAGCACAUUUUAAUUUUUCUUCACUAAAGUGCUUUCAAAGAUAUGUUUAUCUUUGUAUUCAAUCAUUGUUUGCUUGGCACAAGUCUUUGAUAUUUUUACAAAAAAACGUUUACCUUCAUAAAUUCAGUAUAAUAUACAUCUCCACAGCAUUCAUUCCAACAGUACAAAGUCAACUUCAACUUUUCUCUCUGCUGUUUGCUGCCAUCAAUAAAAGCCAACCUGCUGUGUGCUUGCUGCAGGUUUCACCUUCAGAAUGCUCCUUCAGGAACUGUUGACUUUCAUUCACAGCAGUUUAACAGAAUGAAAACACAAGAAAGUGGAAGUCAUUUGAAAUGAUGAAACUGAAUACAGCAGCAUUUUCUUGAAAUGUAUUGAAUACCAGAGUUUAUUUCUGAGUUUACCAAUAUUGUGGACCAAACACAUAUUUCAUGUUUCAUUUCUCCUGUGGCCUUUGACACUUCUGGUCAGUUUAGUGUGUUGGGCUCUGAUGAGUGGACAUUACAGUACACUCACUACACUCCCUAAUUUUGUUAUUGCACUCAUCACAUCCUCGUGAUCCGCAAUAAGCCAAUCAUACAAGGACUGAUCAUGGUUUUUACUGAUGUUGCCUUUGUGUCUAAAUCCAUGUGGGCUGAUGAAACAAGCUAAUCUGAAUGAGUUUAAUGGCGUCCUGCAAAUUCUUUGUUUCAUCAGUAAAGAAAUCAGCAGCCAAUCAUGCUUAAUUUAAACGUUGUCUUAAUGUUCUUACUCUGUGUAUUAAAUAAACUGGUGGUGGGUUUACAUUUGAUAACAGUAAAAAAAGAAUAAAGUAUUAUUCCAGUCA